UGUUUGUGUGUUCGUUCGCCAUCUCUCCCGCCUUCCUUCGAUUCGGUCUCCCCACCUCCUGCCUACCUGCCUGCCUUUCUUCGCUUGCUUCGCUCUCGCUGGCUGUUUGUGGCUUGCUUCGUCGCUUUCCAAUAAGCACGCGUGGCAUUCACACCAUCCCGAGCCCUCUCCCUUCUCCUUCAACAAGCCCCCUCCAAGCGUCCACGCAAGCAGCUCAACUCGUACACACGCUCACGCACACACACGUGCACACGCACGCACGCACACCAUGUUUCGGUCACGCGUGUUGGGGAGUCGGUUUCUGUCGACACCGACGCUGGACACAUGGCGACGCCUCCUGCGGCAAGACCGCACCCCUCUGGUGAACGUCUUCAAGCCAAACGAGCUCCGUGGAACCCUAACCCCAUAUGACCUACCGGGUGCCUUCGACGCCAUGCGAACCAACACCACGUACCCCAUCCUGGCCACCCUCUACGACCUGUGCAAGGCCAUGCCCUGGAUAACGGAGCAAGGCACUCCGGGCCUGCUGCGCACGGGCGAGUACACAAAGGUCGUGGACGAGAUGGACAACGCGAGCGAGGCCAUCCUCACCAUGGCCGAGCACGCCCUGCACGACCCAGCCAACACGGAGGACACCAUCGCCACCCUGGCCAUGCUCAAGAUCAUCUACGCCCACCUCAUCAACAACUACUGCUACCAGCCCUGCCGCCAUGCGCUGGAGCAGUCCAAGGACCCCAACCGCGUCGGCCGCGCAAACCCCGUCAUCCCCGCGCAGCUCGCCCAGCCCCGCACCAUCCUCUGCACCCUCUUUGACACGGAGAUGCCGCUGUACCGCUGGCAGAACUACAACGAGUACUCGCCCGCCAAUUGCCGCGUCCUGCCCAAGGACGCGCCCGAGCUCAACCAGGACACCGUCACCACCAUGGUCCGCGGCGAGGGCUCCCGCGACGAAAUUGGCUUCAUCGGAAACCACUACGUGCAAGAGUCCCGCACCCCAAAGCUCAUCUCCGCCUGCACCGACCUCCUCGCUGCCUGCAAGCACCACAACGCCAACGGCGCCGCCGACGCCUAUCGCACGGCCGUCGAGGCCAUGCGGCACAUCAACGAAGUCAACAAGCAGAUGCCGCAGUGGUGCUCUCCGCGCGGCUACAACCAGCUGCGCAUCUGGAUCCCAGGCCCGCGCAACCACUCCGGUCACGCCGCCCGCGACCUCUUCCCGCCUCAGGGGGUGUGCUUCGAGGGCUCCGAGGAGCUCGGCGCCCCAGAGUACGACAUGUCCCGCGGUGAGACGGGCGCCAUGACCACCAUCAUCAAGCUCGCCCGCACCAUGUCCCUCUUCUCCUACGACACCCAGACCUUUGGCGAGAACGAGCUCACCCUCGCCCAGAGGGACUUUGACCUGCGCCGAGAGCCGGCGCAGCGCAUGUUCAUCAACCGCACCGCAGCAAGGCUCGAGGAGUACAACGCCCUCAAGCUCGCGCACACGCACCCACACGUCUGGCUCCAGCUCACCCGCCUCCGCGCCCAGAUUAUCGAGCACAACAUCACCCACUAUGGCUACAGCCGCCACUACAUCUUCGAGAACAAGGAGGCGUCCACAUCAGCGCUCUUCGAGGCCACCGGCGGCACCACCCACCAGUUCCUGCCCACCAGCGCCCUGGCCAACAUCUCCCAGACGCUGCUCGAGAUUCGCCAGCUGAAGACCAUGGCCACCAGCCUGGACGCCGCCGAGAUUGCCGAGCUGGACGCCAUCCAGGAGCGCCUCACCAUGCUGGAGGAUGUCACGCAGAAGCAGCGCGACAAGUUUGUCCACAUGGAGGAAGAGCAGCGUCAGCACCAGGUCGAGAAGGCGUGAUUCCAUAACGAAGUGUGCGCUUUUCAGACACCUGUGCUUUGUUCUGUUUUCCCCGGACUUGGCAUUAACAAGUCCACCUCUGUCUGUAUUCAUUUACACCUAGGUUGCUAACCUUGCGUUGCUGUGCAAAUCACGAGCCACCUUCCUAUGUGAACGCAUGUGACAACUUGUCUAUCUGCAUGUGCAUGUAUGCUCUGUGUGUGUGUGUGCGUGUGUGUGCAUGCUCGUAGCACACGCGUGUACGAAUGUGUGCGUGUGUGUGUUUGUGCAUGUUUCACAAACGCCCUCGAUUGUGUAAUCUCACGUCAUUUAAACACCAUGCUCCCCCAGUACGCUGUCAUUCCAUGACCUGCCUCUGUGGAGUGAAGCGAACCAAGUUUUAAGUUAUCAUGAGACGUGUGACAAGCAAC